AGGGCUGGCUGACCAAUAAGCUGCCGCUUGCUAUUAUCAUGGGUCAUAGUAACAGGGUCUGACCUUGGGUUAACAGGAGAGGAGACCUCCCCCUCGUGGGGAGAGUGUGAGGGGAGAGGGAGAGCCUGCAGGGCAGGCACCAAGGAUCACGUGUCCAGUGACUCUCCCUGUCCCCCACCACCCUCUGAACCACUGGCCACCAUGGCUACUUCAAAAUUGCCGGUGGUGCCCAGGGAGGAGGAGACCACCAUCCUCAUGGCUAAGGAAGAGCUGGAGGCCCUGCGCACGGCCUUCGAGUCGGGCGACAUCCCCCAGGCCGCCUCCCGGCUCCGGGAGCUGCUGGCCUCCUCGGACAGCACCCGCCUGGAGGUGGGGGUCACGGGCGAGUCGGGCGCGGGCAAAUCAUCUCUCAUUAACGCCCUGCGUGGCCUGGGGGCCGAAGACCCUGGCGCGGCUCUCACGGGCGUCACGGAGACCACGAUGCAACCCUCACCCUACCCGCACCCUCAGUUCCCCGACGUGACCCUGUGGGACCUGCCAGGAGCAGGCUCUCCAGGCUGCCCGGCCGACAAGUACUUGAAGCAGGUGGACUUCAUGCACUACGACUUCUUCCUGCUGGUGUCUCCCCGCCGCUGCGGGGCCAUCGAGACCCGCCUGGCCACCGAGAUCCUGCGCCAGGGCAAGAAGUUCUAUUUCGUGCGCACCAAGGUGGACGAAGACCUGGAGGCCACGCGUACCCAGCGGCCCGCCGGCUUCAACGAGGCCAGAGUCCUGCAGGAGAUCCGAGACCACUGUGCUGAGCGGCUGCGGAUGGCCGGCGUGACCGACCCCCGCAUCUUCCUCGUGUCCAACCUCUCUCCCACCCACUAUGACUUUCCCAUGCUCAUGGCCACCUGGGAGCACGACCUGCCCGCCCACCGGCGCCAUGCCAGCCUCCUGUCGCUGCCCGACAUCUCGCUGGAGGCCCUGCAGAAGAAGAAGGACAUGCUUCAAGAGCAGGUACUCAAGACGGCCCUGGUGUCCAGCAUCAUUCAGGCCCUGCCUGUGCCCGGGCUGGCGGCCGCCUACGAUGACGCCCUGCUCAUCCGCUCGCUGCGUGGCUACCACCGCAGCUUUGGCCUGGACAGCGACUCGCUGGCCAAGCUGGCCGAGCAGGUGGGCAAACAGGCGGGGGACCUGCGCUCCGUCAUCCGCUCCCCGCUGGCCAACGAGGCCUCGCCGGAGACCGUGCUGCGGCUGUACUCGCAGUCUUCAGACGGUGCCAUGCGGGUGGCCCGGGCUUUCGAGAGGGGCAUCCCUGUGUUUGGGACGCUGGUGGCCAGUGGCAUCAGCUUUGGCGCCAUCUAUACCAUGCUCCAGGGCUGCCUCAAUGACCUGGCGGAGGAUGCUCAGCGCGUCCGCAUCAAGGCCCUGGAGGAGGACGAGCCCCAGUCGGACCUCAGCUUGGAGGCAGCUGGUGACAAUAGCAUGGAAAAGCGGGGGACUGGGGAGGGAGGCUGUGAGGAAGCCCCGCUCUCGACCCGCAGGAAGCUUGGCCUCCUUCUCAAGUACAUUCUCGACAGCUGGAAGAAGCAGACACCCGACUUAGAAGAGAAAUAAACGUGCAGCCCCACCCCCAUGUCUCACCCACAGACCAAGUCUUAACAAAACAAAGUA